AUAUGGCUGGGCCUCUACACAGCCGACGGCCAUCAGGCCUGCAGCAGAGUGCUCGACUUUUCGGCCGAGUUUGGUUUUCUCUCCACCACACCACGUCGCUCUCCCUCUCCAGUUGCCGUCGGGACUGCAGCGGUCAUCUUCCAGGUGCCUAUGCUCUUCUCCGCAGCCAUGGAAGGCGCGCAGGUGGACUGCAUCCUGAUUGGUGGCACGGAGGGCUGUUUGGUUUGGUUAAACAGCUGGACUCUGGACACCAUCUCCGUCCUGAGGCUGUGGCAGGGGCUGUUUGGUUUGGUUAAACAGCUGGACACCAUCUGCGUCCUGGGGCCGGGGCCCUUCUGA